AAUUUAUUUAAUGAUGAAAAAAAAUGUUUAAAAGCUAAUAAAACCUUAGAAGCUAGUUUAUUCUUUAAUAUAUAUGAAGAAAAAAAAUCAUCAGCUGUUUUUAAUAAGAAUUCUCCUAGAAGUUCAUUUAUUGAAAGAUUUUUAGAUAUUUGUCUUGUAGAUU